CGCCUCCUCCUCAGGGCCAGCAAGAUGCAGUAUGAGAUGCACGACAACGUGAAAGGCAAAGCCAUGUCUUACCCAGUGACCAGCCAGCCGCAGUGUGCCAGCAGCUGCUACCAGACCCAGCUCAGUGACUGGCACACAGGGCUCACGGACUGCUGCAACGACAUGCCCGUCUGUCUGUGCGGCACCUUCGCGCCCCUAUGCCUGGCCUGCCGCAUCUCGGAUGACUUCGGCGAGUGCUGCUGCGCGCCCUACCUGCCCGGGGGCCUGCACUCGCUGCGCACGGGCAUGCGCGAGCGCUACCGCAUCCAGGGCUCCGUCGGGCGCGACUGGGCGGCCCUCACCUUUUGUCUGCCCUGCGCCCUCUGUCAGAUGGCGCGGGAACUGAAGAUCCGAGAGUGAAGAAUCCCCUACCCCACUCCAACCCCAUCACCACCUCUGCCC